AUGCCGAAAAUUGUCAAAGGCACUAGCCGUGUCCGGAGAGGCCGCAUUCAUAUUGGAACCAAGUUCAAGCCUGACUGCUUCCUACGAUACCUUAUCAGUGUGGGUAUCAGUGUGGGUAUCAGUGUGGGUAUCAGUGUGGGUAUCAGUGUGGUAUCAGUGUGGGUAUCUGUGUGGGUAUCAGUGUGGGUAUCAGUGUGGGUAUCAGUGUGGUAUCAGUGUGGGUAUCAGUGUGGGGGUAACAGUGUGGGUAUCUGUGUGGGUAUCAGUGUGGGUAUCAGUGUGGGUAUCAGUGUGGGUAUCAGUGUGGGUAUCAGUGUGGGUAUCAGUGUGGGUAUCAGUGUGGGUAUCAGUGUGAGUAUCAGUGUGGGUAACAGUGUGGGUAUCAGUGUGGGUAUCAGUGUGGGUAUCAGUGUGGGUAUCAGUGUGGGUAUCAGUGUGGGUAUCAGUGUGGGUAUCAGUGUGGGUAUCUGUGUGGGUAUCAGUGUGGGUAUCAGUGUGUGUAUCAGUGUGGGUAUCUGUGUGGGUAUCAGUGCGGGGUAUCAGUGUGGGUAUCAGUGUGGGGGUAUCAGUUGUGGGGGUAUCAGUGUGGGUAUCAGUGUGGGUAUCAGUGUUGGUAUCAGUGGGGGUAACAGUGUGGGUAUCAGUGUGGGUGUCAGUGUGGGUAUCAGUGUGGGUAUCAGUGGGGGUAUCAGUGUGGGUAUCAGUGUGUGGGUCAGUGUGGGUAACAGUGUGGGUAUCAGUGUGGGUAUCAGUGGGGGUAUCAGUGUGGGUAUCAGUGUGUGGGUCAGUGUGGGUAACAGUGUUGGUAUCAUUGGGGGUAACAGUGUGGGUAUCAGUGUGGGUGUCAGUGUGGGUAUCAGUGUUGGUAUCAGUGGGGGUAACAGUGUGGGUAUCAGUGUGGGUGUCAGUGUGGGUAACAGUGUGGGUAUCAGUGUGGGUAUCAGUGUGGGGUGUGGGUAUCAGUGUGGGUAUCAGUGUGGGUAUCAGUGUGGGGGUAACAGUGUGGGUAUCAGUGUGGGUAUCAGUGGGGGUAACAGUGUGGGUAUCAGUGUGGGUAUCAGUGUGGGUAUCAGUGUGGGUAUCAGUGUGGGGGUAACAGUGUGGGGGUAA